UCCUUUUGCUACAACCAAGAUGACUUCGUCUAUAGAAACGGAGAUUCUGAACAAAUACAAUCUCACGACACUGUACCCCGCACAAUGGCCGGAAGAGAAGGACCAAGCAGACGAGGCGGAGGACUCGGAGGACGAGGCCCCGGCGGUGACUACGACAACAUCUAAGCUUAACCGCCGGAAGUCACGAUACUCCGUGCUGGAAGACAGGUCACGGCUCUCGCGGCCAAUCCCCGGGGCCGAGCGGUCCAAAGAUGGCGUGGAGAACCUGGUGCAGAAGGACGAGCAGGACCCGCUGGGCAUGUACCCGAGCGUGGUGCAGGUGCUGCGGGCGAACCACCUGGCCGUCGAGGACGACAUCAAGCUGCGGAACCGCUUCCUGCUCAGCUCGACGACCUUCUCGCCCGCCCUCUUCCUCGCCCAGGUGCACAGCGAUGCCUCGACCGACUCGCUGCUCGAGGGCCUUGACUUCCUCUCUCGCUCCAUCGAGCAGAAAUCGGCCUCGCUCAAGGUGCUCGUCGAGACCAACUUCGACCGCUUCGUCGGCGCCAAGGCCACCAUCGAUCGCGUCUAUAACGAGAUGCGUGCAAAGGAGAGCGAGCCAGACCCGCCCAGGCGCCCCUCCCACGUGAGAGGUGCCAGCCGCGCGAGCUUCUCGGGCAGAAAGCCCAGCGACACAGUGCCCUCGGCCACGGUCCCGGCCGAGCGGAGGAAGAACGCCCUGGUCAAGGAGAGCGAGUACGGCGUGCACGGCAUCAAGGUCCCGUUGACUGAAGUCGCUAUCAAGGCAGAGGAGGUGUGGGGGCCUGCGCUGGGCGGACGCGACAAGGAGCAGAACCUCAAGGCCAUACUGGACUCGGUCGAGCAGCACCGCGGCCUGUUCGAGGUCGGUUCCGCGAUACAGGAUGCGAUACGGCGCAGGGACUACGACAUGAUCGUGGACGAGUACAGACGCGCGCGCAAGUACGCCGAGGAGGCUCGCUUCGUUGCUGAGCAGGCAAACUCUACCCGCACCCCCCUUACCGACUCCCAGAUACACCAGAUCAUCGUCACGGCCAGGAUGUGGAUGGACGUGGAGCGCCAGAUCGAGCAGUUCAAGAGGGAGUCCUGGAAGAGGCUCGCAUCCACGCACUUUACAAAGCACCAGCUCGGCAGUGAGAACACCAAGUCGGGCGAGUACCUGAGCAUCAUAUCCGUCUUGCUGGAGCUGGGCACUGAAGACAGCCCCAUCUGGAUCUGGCUGCUUUCGCGUUACGAGUACUUCAAGUCCCGCCUCAACCACACCUGUGAGCGUUCGAGAGUCGAGACUGAAAUCCUCCGUCGUCAUCUUUCGAAUGGAGAGAAGCCUAGUUUGCGACUCCUGCAGAAGCACCUGCGAUCGGUGCCGACCAGCAACAACAUCACCCCUGAGCCAUCCAAGCUGGACUCGCCCAAAGUGAUUGAGUUUUGGGAACACGUGCACGCCUCUAUGAACACGCUUCUAUCUAUGAAGGGUGGUCUUCUCGGUGAAUUGGUUGAGUACUGGGAAAUCACACAAUCCUUCAUCGCUGGCCGUGCGCAGAGAAACCUGCCCACCGGCCAUCGCAAUCAGUCUGCAGUACACCACAAGCUGUCGCCUACUAACGUAACAGACCUGCACAACGGAAUGGCAGAGCUCAUCACCAUCGUCCGAGAACACCUGUACUCUUUCUUCUCCGAUCCGCCCAUCGAAGACGUGUCGCUCCUCCUCUCCCCAUACCCAACAUCUCCAGAACCCUCGACACCAAAGACACCCAUGAGCGCACUUCUAACUCCCAACCCCAACUCGAGAUUCCGCUUCGAUCCCAACAACGUCCCCCCGCCGUCUCCGAGCCGUGGGGAGACAUGGGAGAAAUACGCCUUUUGGCCUCCGCACUCCAACGCACUUUCAGGCUCGCACUACCUCUCCAAGACGCUUGUGUUGAUUGGCACAGCAGCAAACGAGUUUGCCUCUCUCCGCCUCCCUGAUACACACCGCAUAGACGAAGGCUUACGCCUGCUUGUCGGCGGCGUUCGCGAACGCAGCGUGCAAGCCGUGUGUGCAGCGUGGAACACGGACGCGGAGAAACUCAAGGUGCUCGAGGACUGGACGCGCAAUGAAGAACAUAGAGACACAACGAACCUGCCCCAGCGCUUCCUCGCUGUGCAGAGUUUCCUGCUGAACAACCUGCAGAAGAUCAUGUAUGUCGAGGCGUCGAGCAAGACGGCGGUUGAUGUCGUGGUCCCGCCAAGCAACAAGCUCUUGCAGAUGGUCAGGAGCCAGUUUGUAACCAGCUUGUACCGCACGCUAAGCGGGAUGGUCGAGUGUGCCGAAAAGGGGCGUCUAGCACUCGGCGCCGACUUCGACACAAAAGGCGACGACCUAACCAUGAACGAAGAGGACACCGAAGACGGCAGCGAAUGGGGCCGCGUCAACGCCGACAAACAAUCAACGCGCCUCCUCCUCACCCUCUCAAACAUGUCCCACUUCGCCACAACCACCACCCCAACCCUAAUCUCCCUCUUCGAAACCCUCUUCUCCAUCCAACUAACCGACGAAAGCACCCGCAUCCACUCCGUCCUCAGCCAACUCGACACCCAACUCUUCGCCUCCUACACCACGCCCCACGCCACCCAAAACAACACCACAAUCGAAGCCGGCAUCUUCGCCCCAACCUGGGCCGCCACCCCCCACCCCGCCUCCCCCUCCCCCUUCGUCUCCACAGUCCUCCUCGCCCUCGUAAUCGUCCACACAGAAGCCAGCACCACCGCCGCGCCCCUCACACCGCGCAUCCUCCGCGCUUUGACGGAAUCCUGCACGCUUUCCCUCAUCGCGACGUUUGAGUCUGCGCGCCUUCCGGCUAUUAGUCUGCAGCAGCUCAUGCAGGCGACCCUGGAUGUGGAGUUUAUGGCUCAGACGCUCGCGGCGUAUACGACGGAGAAGGCGAGUCAGAUUCAAAGUGAUAUUUAUCAGGUGUUGGAUCGGAAGACGGAUAAUAAAGCUAGGGUGAGGCUGCAGGAUGAACUUGGGGGGUUGAGGCGGACGCUUAAGGGGUUGAGGGAGGGGACGAGGGUGCAGUUUGCGUGUUUUAGACGGGAGAGGAGGAGGGAGGAGGGGGGUGGG